AUGGAUUAAUAUCAACCAAAUGAAGAGAAGUAAACAAGCAUUACAAAGCAAAUCAAUACUAUUCAUAGCAAUAUAAAUAAAAUUCAAAAUUCAAUAAUUGAUAAUAUUCCUUAAAUUCCACAAAAAAGCAAAGUUAUUAUAUUUUUAGGGUACUUUGAAAAUAAAUUUGAUUCUUUCUAUAGUCAUUUUGAGAAAAAAGAAGUCCUUUUAUGUGGAGACUAUUUUAAGUUGGUCAAAAUAGAAAAAAAAGGGAAAAUAAGUUAUUUAUUAUAUUUCCCUUCAAUAUUAUCGUAUGAAGAUCAAAAUGAUGAAAAAAUUGCCUAAAAUUUAUGCAUUUCAAAAAUUUAUGCUGAAUUAGUAUUAAAAAAAAUGGAAACUUGUUAUUUCUAUUUAAUUUUAGAUAUUUCAUAAUUAACAGGAGAUGAUGAUAGGGGAAAAUUAGAUAAUAUUGUUAAAGAUUCGAUUUUUUACUUCGGAUCUUUCUAUUUUAAAGAAAAAUAAUUUUUCUUUUUAAGAUAUCAACAAGAUGAUAAAUGGGAUUAUCACUAAUUUUCAAAAUAGUUUGCAUUAUUUUCUUAUUUUUAAAAGGAUAAAUAAUUGUAAAUUUAAACUUAUCGUGAUAAUGAAAUUUUGAAGACAAUAUUUAAAUCUAGUAAUUACACAAAGGCAAAGAAAGUUAAAUCCGAUGAUUAGAUUAACUAUGGAUAAAUGAUGACAUAUUUAUAAAUACAAUAAAGGUUUUUAAAGGAAUAGAUUAAUGAAGAUCUUAAAUAAUUUUAAAUAAUCCUCCUUCACUUAUAAUAAAUGCCAAUCAUCAAAAAUAAUUUUGCAGUUGUGGAGGAGGUUGAAAAUUAUUUAAAAGAAUUAUAAGCAGGUUUUAUGGAGGAAAAGAAUUCUCUAAAAGAUGAUGCUUCACAAAUUGUCUAGGUUUACAAUUUUAUUAAUAAAGUGAAUUAAGGGCAAAAUGCUUAAGAUAUAAAUAAGAGAUAACAAAAUUAAUUAAGUCCUUAAAUGGUACAAUUUAAGGAAGAAGUUAAAAUUUAAGAAUUAAAAAUUUAACCCUUACUUAGUGAUGAGGUGAUUUAUAAACUUUAUGAAAUAAUUAAAUUUUUCUAAAAAUAUCAUAAUAACAUAUUCAAAAAUGAGAAAAUAUUUGAAGUAUAAAAACUAACAUUAAAUCUUAAAUAAUGGUCUUCCAAUUGUAAUGAUACUUUAGAAAAUACGUUAUAUGAGCUAAAAUAUAUCACUUCAAGAAUAUAAGAUGGACCAUAAAAUAAAAUUGAAAACGCAAUCUAUUUUAUUGGUAUAACAAAAGUAGGAAAAUCAACCAUUAUUAAUUCACUUCUUAAUCCAGAUAACAUUAUUUAAGAAGACUUUGUAGGAUAAAAAUGUUAUGGAAAUAAAAAGGAAACAAAAUUUGCAAUUGGUAAAGGUGGAGUUAGUGAAACUCAAAAUAUCUAUGGAGUAUACAUUGGAAAAAGGGAAGAAGUUAAUUAAAUCUUUGAUUAAAAUGAAAAACAUGUUUUUAGUAUUGAAGAAAUAUUAGACAAGGAAUAAAUUCAAAAAUGUAAAAUACCUUAAAAAUAUUUCCUAUUUGAUUGCCCAGGAUUUGAUGAUAAUUGUAAUGAAUUAAUGAGAAUAGCCCACAGAAUUAGCUUAUAUAAUUAUUUCAAAAAAACAAAAAAUAUAAUUGUAUUUUUUGUAAUUGAUAUUACUCAAUAAUCAAUUGAAAAUAUUAAGAAUACUUUUGAUCCAAUAACUUAACUUUUAAAAGACAAAAAUGACAUAGUAUCACAUUAUGACAAGUGGACAAAUAUAAUUCUAACAAAAGCAAAGAAAGGAUAAAGAUAAUAUUAUCUUGACAAUUGGAAGGUGAUGUAUAAAGGUUUUUUGGAUGAAAAUUAUAGUUUUUAUAAAAAUUUAUUUGAAAAAAGAAGUAUAGAAUUUGUAAAACCAAAAAUAAAAGAAAUUUAAAUUAUUGUUGGUAAUUUAACUGAUAAAAUUAUCGAGAUGUCAUCAUAGUAACUUCAAUCAAAUCAAGCCUUUACACCAGAAUUUCAGGGUGUUCUUGAUCCUAAAAUGUAUUCACUCUAUGAGCAUUGCAUACCUAAAGUUAAAUAGAAGUUAGAAAGUAUUCUAAAAUUCUUCUUAGAGGAUUUAGAUGAGUAUAUAUUGGAAAGUAAUGAUAGAAUAGAAAUGAAGAAAGAAAAAAUAGAAAAACUUUAAAGCAUUUUGUUAGAUAAAAAUACAAAGCAAAUGGUUAGCGUAAUAACAUAUAAUAACUGUAAAGAUAUUCUUUACGACCUAUCAAACUGGAUUAAUGGUAAUCCGUAUUUACAAAAGAAUGAUAUUUUCAUACAAUAAUACAUAGAAGAUAUGAAAUCUAUUUUAAAAAUAUCAUAAUAUUGCUAAAAAAUAAAGUAAAUAGCACCGUUUGAGAUUAAAAUUGAUAAUCUUGUUAAUAGGAUUAAAACCAUCAUUAUUAAAAUUGAAGAAGUCAGAAAAUGGAGAUACUUCGUCAGUGAAUCCAACAAAAAUAUUUCUUUGAGGAAGAUAUAUUUAGCUGAAUUGGAUAAUUAGAAUAAUUACAAUUUGAAAUUAUAAUAACUAUAUUGAUUCACGAAGGAAAAAC